UCAGAAGGAGGAGUCUAUUGUUUGCCACGCCCCCUAGCUCCUAUUGGCCGGUUGUGUCCGAGGGGGAGGAGCCUGAGCUGGUCCCGCCCCGCCCUUGCGGACUACAGUUCCCGGCGUGCCCCGCGCGGCUGCGCUCGCAGCUGCCGCCGCGCAGCAGAAUCCGGAGCCGCCGCCCCGCGCCCCGCAGCGGCUCUUGCGCCUACGCCAGUCCCCGGCUUCGGUCGCGGCCUACCCCAGCUCUUCGUCAUGGCGCGGCCUCUGGUACCCAGCUCGCAGAAGGCGCUGCUGCUGGAACUCAAAGGACUGCAGGAGGAGCCCGUGGAAGGGUUCCGGGUCAACCUGGUGGAUGAAGGGGACCUCUACAACUGGGAGGUGGCCAUCUUCGGCCCCCCGAACACCUACUACGAGGGCGGGUACUUCAAGGCUCGUCUCCGGUUUCCCAUCGAUUAUCCCUACUCCCCUCCUGCCUUUAGGUUCUUGACCAAAAUGUGGCACCCCAACAUCUACGAGACUGGUGAUGUCUGCAUCUCCAUCCUCCACCCACCCGUGGAUGACCCGCAGAGCGGGGAGCUGCCCUCCGAGCGCUGGAACCCCACGCAGAACGUGAGGUGGAGGUGCUGGGAGCUGAGCUGCUGGUGUUUCCCCAUGGCCAGGACCAUCCUCCUGAGCGUCAUCUCGCUGCUGAACGAACCCAACACCUUCUCUCCCGCCAACGUGGACGCCUCGGUGAUGUACCGCAAGUGGAAGGAGAGCAAAGGGAAGGACCGGGAAUACACGGAUAUCAUCAGGAAGCAGGUUUUGGGCACCAAGGUGGAUGCUGAGAGGGAUGGUGUGAAGGUCCCCACCACGCUGGCUGAGUACUGUGUGAAGACCAAGACUCCAGCUCCAGAUGAGGGCUCUGACCUCUUCUACGAUGAUUAUUACGAAGAUGAUGAGAUGGAGGAGGAAGCAGACAGCUGUUAUGGGGAUGAGGAUGACUCCGGCAAUGAGGAAUCUUGAUGGCCCUCUGGCAUUGCAAAACUUGCUAUAAACUACUGAAUUUUACCUCAGCUAGUACAAACUGGUUUGAAUUUAGGAUCUGUCAGCCCUGAAAUUAACUCUCUACCUCGCAGGGAGACUCUUCUGCUGGUGCAAAGGAAACCCCACCGCUGUCUUUGUAGAAAAAAGCAAAAAAAAAAAAGCAAAAAAAAGCCAACAAAAA